UAUUCUUGGAGGGGGUGGCUGUGCUUCUCAUAAGAUAAAAAAAAAGUGAUGAACCAUACACGAAAAUGUGCCUCUGUAAUCCUCCCUCAAGUUCUUAGAUUUUCAAACAGGUCCUUCACUUCCUCAAAAUUGCCUAGGGAGUCUCUCGAUUCCUCCACUCCUCCUCUCACUCAUGGCAUCCACGUUUUCCAUUGCCCAGAUGCAGUUGGUAUAGUUGCAAAGCUAUCAGAUUGCAUUGCUUCGAGAGGUGGCAACAUUCUUGGAGCUGAUGUUUUCGUUCCUCAAAACAAGAAUGUUUUCUAUUCCAGAAGUGAGUUUGUUUUUGACCCAAACAAAUGGCCAAGGGCUCAAAUAGAUGAGGAUUUUCGAAAGCUGUCGAAAAUGUUUAAUGCAAUGACAUCUGUUGUUCGAGUGCCUGAUCUUGACCCUAAAUUCAAGAUAGCGAUUCUUGCUUCAAAGCAGGAGCAUUGCUUGAUUGAUUUGUUGCAUAAAUGGCAAGAGGGAAAAUUUCCAAUUGAAAUUACUUGUGUAAUAAGUAACCACGAAAGAGGCCCAAACACGCAUCUGAUCCGCUUUCUUGAGAGGAACUGUAUUCCUUAUCAUUAUUUGGGCAUGACAGAAGAAAAUAAAAGAGAACAGGAGAUCCUGGAUUUGGUUAAAGAUACUGAUUUUUUAGUACUCGCCAGGUACAUGCAGAUAUUAUCUGGUAAUUUUUUGGGGAGCUAUGGGAAGGAUAUAAUUAACAUUCACCACGGGCUUUUGCCAUCAUUUAAGGGUGGGCAUCCAUCCAGGCAGGCUUUUGAUGCAGGAGUAAAAUUGAUUGGUGCAACGAGUCACUUUGUGACUGAAGAACUUGACUGUGGACCUAUUAUUGAACAGAUGGUUGAGUCAGUUUCCCAUCGAGAUAAUUUAUGGAGUUUUGUGCAGAAAUCGGAGAACCUUGAGAAACAAUGCCUUGCCAAAGCUAUAAAGUCCUACGCUGAACUACGAGUUUUGCCUUUUGAGACAAACAAGACUGUUGUAUUUUGAGGUGAACAGAAGUUACCAAGCUCUUUAAAUUAUUUACCUUUUACAUGUACAUUCAGGUAUUACAUUUUUUUCAAUCAAACUCCCUGGCACCACUUUGUAAGCUUAUGAUACCAGACAAAUAAAAGUCUGCGAAUAAAAUUCACUUCUUAUCUUA